AGUUCAUUGUAAGCUACCGAGGCGGCCACACCGCUCCCGGCUGUCGUGGUGAAGGGUUGUGACCAAAAAACGUUGGGACUCGUGUACCAAAUUUAAUCUGUGGACUAAUGUGAAUGUUUUAAUGACAAUAUUAACAGUGUAUUGUGUUUGAAGAUUCAACGGCGACGUAUAAUCAGGGGACGGGAUGAUAAGCUGUGCCUCCCCCGCCGGCAUGCCGCCAGCUCCUCACUCUGCCCACCCCCAGGCCUGGGGUUCCUUGCUGCAAGCUCCCAAUGUGAAAUCGGAGCCGAUGGACGAAGGAAGUUUCUCGAAGGAACAAACCAGUGGUUUCUAUUCGGAAGGCUUCCACAGCGCGUCACCAUCGUCAUCAAGUAAGGACUCUAACGGUCAUUCACCCAGGAGCGUCGGCAGCGGCGGAGACCCCUCUCCCUUCUACGAAAACAUGUCGCUCAAAGCUAAAGCCAAUCUUGGAAUGCAUCUAGAUGCCUAUCGCGGUGGAGUGCCCUACAGUCUAUUGACACCCCCAGGGUUUGAGCAUCGCACCACCGAAGGACGUGAGCCAUCGCCUGGUUAUGAAACGUCUUAUUCCCCAAGAUCGUUAGCCCCCCCUGCUCAUGUAUCUACUCCGAUCACCAGAGCUGACGCUACGCCACCGAAGUCUCCUAGAACUCCAUCGUCACCAGAAAGAGAUCAUGAGAGACGAUUCGACCGCUUCCAUGACUCAGGAUUCGACGGAGUCUCGCAAGGCAAAAACGAUGGCGAUGACGGCAGAGAUGGAUCAGGACUUGAAGAUGAUUUUGAUGAUGAACCCGGCCUUAGAGUCCCCGCCGUAAAUUCGCACGGAAAAGUAAAGACCUUCAAAUGCAAACAAUGUGAAUUUGUUGCUGUAACAAAACUAAGUUUUUGGGAACACAGCAAAGAGCACAUUAAACCAGAAAAGAUGUUGUGUUGCCGCAAAUGCCCCUUUGUUACGGAAUACAAACACCACCUGGAGUACCACAUGAGGAAUCACUUGGGAUCAAAGCCUUUUCAAUGUACUCAGUGCUCUUAUUCAUGUGUCAAUAAAUCGAUGCUGAAUUCACACCUCAAAUCUCACUCGAAUGUGUACCAAUACCGAUGCGCAGAUUGCAACUACGCCACAAAAUACUGCCACUCUCUAAAGCUACAUCUUCGCAAGUACCAACACAACCCCGCUAUGGUCCUAAACAUAGACGGUACUCCAAAUCCCUUGCCCAUAAUCGAUGUUUACGGUACUCGACGAGGCCCUAAACAAAAGCCCCUAUCAAAAAUCUUCGAACAACAAGCCACCGUAAACAACAAUAAUAACAAUCAACCUCAAGCACCACCUACGCACCCUCUAUUCGGAAGUCACUUCCCUGUCAAUCUACCAUACUUUCCACCUCUAUUACCACAGUCGUUCCUGUUUCCUCCAAAUAAUAAUUACGAACAGAGGACUUCGCCUAAGCAGGCCGAAAUAGUAAUCGAAAAGCAGUCAACACCACCGCCAGGAUCUAUAUUGCACCAGAGGUUAUCGUCAUAUGGAGAAAGGCCUGCAGAAGUGGGUCCUAGAAGCUCUCCUGCUAAAUCACCUGUGAGUUUACCUCACACGCCAGGGCGUUCGACUCCAGUUCAGUCAAAUGAUGCUCUGGAUCUCACAAAUACGAAAACAAGCGAAGCGGGCUCCCCUCCGCCGAGCACGGAGCGAUCUGUUCCCGUGACCCCGACGACUGCCCUCAAAAACCGGAGAAAAGGUCCCGCAUUCAAACUUCAGCCAGCCGCGCUUCGCUUGCAACAUGAAGACGAGAAAGCGCGUGAAGUUGACGCAUCGGAAUCUGAAUCGGAUGAAGAAGUUCCCACGAACACCGCGACAAACACAUACUCGUGUCAAUACUGUGACAUCACUUUCGGUGACCUCACUAUGCACACAAUUCACAUGGGUUUCCAUGGCUACAAUGAUCCGUUCAUGUGCAACAAGUGCGGCGAGCGCAGCGCCGACCGAGUUGCCUUCUUCAUUCAUCUCGGCCGAGCCCAGCAUGCUUAGCUCUUCUAACAAGCUAUUUUAGAACCCUAGUCAGCUCGCUUAUCUAGUUCAUUUAUAUAAAUUGGCCCUUUUAAUUUAUUGUGGUGUUUAUUCUCUCGAAUUUGGAUUUGAUAAUUAGGCCAAAGAUUAUAUUAUGGUGUAAGUAGUAUUGAUAUUAUAACUAAGUAUUUGUUACUUUUAAAAGUGUGUGAAUUUAAUAAGUAUAGAAAUUUAUUUCACUUUUAAAUAAAACAAAUACAGGUAAAUUAGGUAUAUGGUGUUAAAUUGCUAUUGUAAAUACGUAAACAAUGUAGUGUAGCGUGUAGUCGUUAGUUAUCGAUAAAAUUAAAUGCCCUGUGUUAUAGUUGAAAAUAAUAUAAUUAGUUACGAGUGACCAAUGUGUAAAACAAGACUGUUUCUUCAUUAAGUACAAAACAGAAGUUCGCAAAUAAUGUUACAUUUGGUUGUUUAUUAGUUAAUACAUAAUAACAUUUAGAUUUGUAUCGGCAAAAUUAAUUUUGUGAUUGCAUAAUUAUUAUUUGUAAAUUAUAUUGUGCGGUGGAGUUACCUAUUAGUAUUAGUACAUAUGUAAAAAUAAUGUAAUAUAAUGUGUAAGGUCAGAGUGUAUUUAUAUCGAUUUAAAAGAUUUAUUUAAUUUAUUUAUAACCUUAUGGUGUAGUGUGUACGAUUUGUAUUAUCAUAAACAGAGUAAAAAAUCAGUGUGAACGAAGCUUUUGUAGACUUUUUUGCGUUAUUCUUAAAUGCAGACUGAAAUUCUGUAAUAAAAAAUUGUUAGCUCAAUCAUUUUUCAGAGAAUUUGGAAUAGCUCUUAAAAGUAGAGACAUAUAAGUUCCACAAAAAUGUCACGUUAUUAAUUUAAUGAACCCUAUAAUUUAUUGUAUGUUCUACUAUAUGUAUACCCUCAUAGUUUCAAAUUUUUGUUUGUGUGCUGGAAACAUUGUAAUAAAAAUGAAGUUUUACCCCUA